CUUUGGCCGUGUCUCUGGGCAAAUUUCUGGAGGCGUCCAGCACAGCGCCCAAAUAUGGCCCCGCCAAUGACGAUAAUCCUCCCAUUCUAAUUAUGGGCCCUGAUACACUGUCGCUCAGCGCUACCGGGGUGACACAGUAUAGUACGGCGGCCACACAAGCGCCAGGCCGGCGAAUUUUGCUCAGGAACUACCGCGCCAGUCUCGAAUACGGAUCCCCACCUGGAUCGCCCGCCUGAACUGGCAACUGUGUAAGAUUCAGGUACAGCAGACAGACGUAUAUAACUGGAGCGUACCGCCGUGGGACCAUACGUCUUUCCCUUCUCUCUCCUCUGUCAUCUGCCCUACUUGAUACCCCUCCAAGCUUUGCCCUUCGCCCAGUCGUCCAGUUCAAUUGGCCUGCCACUUGUCGCCAGCGUGCACACGGCAGCCUCGUCAAAAUCCACUCAUCUUCACAAACGCCCUCCGCUUCCCUGCAAAAUGGUUAUCGCAGUCCCAGGUGCUUCCCUUGAGGGUAAGGUCGCCCUUGUAACCGGUGGUGGCCGUGGUAUCGGUCGAGGCGUGUGUCUCGAGCUCGGCAAGCGUGGUGCCUCAGUCGUCGUCAACUACGUCUCGUCCGAAGGCCCCGCACAAGAGGUCUGCAAGCUCAUCGAGGGCUACGGCAAUGGCGCCAAAGCUGUCGCAAUCCAGGCCGACGUGUCCAAAGUGCCUGAGAUCCGGCGCCUGUUCGCUGAAGCCAAGAAGGCCUUUGGCAAAAUCGACAUUGUCAUGUCAAACUCGGGCACCGAGUCGUGGGACAAGACUGAGGAGAUCACCGAAGAGAAGUACGACCACGUCUUCAACCUGAAUGCGCGUGCCCAGUUCUUCGUCGGCCAGGAGGCCUACAAGGUCAUGGAGGACAACGGCAGAAUCAUCCUCAUGACCUCCAUCGCCGCCGGUCUUAUGGGCGUCAAGGAUCACGCUUUGUACAACGCAUCGAAGAUGGCCGUGCGCGGCUUCGUCAAGGCAUUUGCAACCGACUUUGGCAAGAGAGGCAUCACUUGCAACGGUAUUGCCCCGGGUGGCAUCAAGUCCGACAUGUUCGCAGAGAACGCGUGGCACUACAUCCCAGGUGCCACGCCAGACUUCCCCAAGGAGGAGAUCGAAAGGCUGAUGGCUUCACACUGCCCAAUGGGCCGCUGUGCUGUGCCAGAGGAUGUCGCUCGAGUUGUGGCCUUCCUCGCUUCCCCAGAUAGCGAGUGGGUGAACGGUGAAAUCAUCACCAUCUCCGGCGGCUCCUCCCAGUAGACGCCAUAAUUAAACAGCAAAGUGACUUCGUCCCUGAAUAACCUCAUGCCUUACAAAAGAUAUUGAUAGACCAAUUGCUUCAAGGAAGAAAAAAAGAGCUGCAUCGUUAUGGCCACUGGGUAGUUGACGAACGCCGGUCAGGCUUGGGGUUUCGGGGUCGAAUUCCAGGAGCUUAGCGAGAUUCUCACACCCAUCGUAACGAAAGUAUUCUGAUGGGUAUGCUUUUAUGUCGUGAUGUGUCAGAUAUGCUGUUGAAGAACUAGUCUAGAUGAAGAUAUUAAACUGCCGUUUUGGCACGUCAUCA